AUGACUGCCAGUCCUUUUACAAAAGCCUCAGAUUUAUUAAUUAAUCUGAAUGACAUGAAGUUCCUCCAUAACUUGGAUGAUGACUCCCAUGACGAAAAGGAUGUGAGCAUGGCGCAAGAUGUAAAUGAUAUAUCAAUCGAUGACAUUAGUGGUGCUCCACUUACAUAUUUUUCUAAAGAUCAACCAAUUCAGGAACCAAUUGAGCAAUUCAAAGGUGAGCAUAAAUUUUUGAAGUUCAAGAUAAACCCGGUAUUUUCUAAUAGCCUGGCAUUCGUUUCCGGCCCUGGCAUGCGUGACACGAAGCUUUACACAGCGGAAACCACUCUUAUUGAUAAAUCAGCAUACUAUAAGCAGUACGUGUCCAGACUUUUUGAAAUUUAUCAGGACCUGGGUGAUGAUCGCCUCUUCACAGUUCUGACUAUAGGCUUGAUCAAUCAUUCUUCUCGAAAUGAACAUUUAAAAACAAUGAACCUUGCACUUGAAGCGUUGGUAGACGAACUGGAGAUUUUAAUCGAGUCAAAGAGGCAAUCAAGUCAGCUCAUUGAUACCAUAGAGUUAGAGGACUGUCUCUCUAUCUUAAAUUGUUUGAAGACUAUUCAUUUUACAAUUGACUCAAAUGAAAAGGAUUCGACGGCCAAGUUUUUCAUACAUUUGAAGGAAUGGAUUAAUCGAACAGAUGGUGAGCCCAGUGAACAAGUUAUAGAGGAGACCUUCACAAAAGCUACAGAAAAUACUGUUUACGAAACGACAGAUUUUUGGAAGCUGGUAAAUCAACUGCUACUUAGAGGUCUUUUUGACCAAGCUAUCGGAACACUGGAAAAGUCUAAUAUUAUUAGUGACCUGGAGAAUAAGUGUGAAAACACUUGGACCGUUUUGAAAGACAUAAUUUCGCUAUUGAGAGAAUAUCCAUACGAUGCAGAAGUUGCAUUCAGAGAGUGGAAGUCUGCAAUGCUUCAAUUAUCUCAGUUUUAUCUAGAAACAGAGACAAAGGUUAGCCCAGGACUGCGUGAUUUUAUUACCGACAUGAUUUAUGUUUUGAGUGGAACGCAAGCUAAAAUUGUUCAGUACUCCAGAACUUGGUAUGAAUGUUUCUGUGGGCUCAUCCUCUAUUACAUACCAACUUUGGAACUGUCUGAGGAAUAUUUACAGCUGUCCUUAGAUUCGCAUCCUUUAGAUGUUUGCAGUAAUUGGGAACAGGCGUGUACAGAUAUCAUUAGGGGCAAAAUAUUCUCCAUCCUGCCUGUUUUAGACGAUUUAGAUGGAUGCACCGCAGCAUUUACAUCUGCUCUUUGCGAGGCCAAAGGUCUUCUAGAUUCUCCCGCCAAUUUAGCUCCGGAACAGGGGAACGAAAAUAACCUAGACGGAGGGGAUCUUUUUUCGUCUGAUAACAGUAUGGCAAGCUAUCUGCUAAAUUCUUUUGCACUAGAACUGUGCUGCUACGAGGAUAGAGACCUGUGGGCUGUCGCAAUGGGUAUGCUGGCUUUAUCACCAAGCAAUAACGAAAGCGCAAAGAGACUGGCGAUUGCAGAAUUACUGCCUCAUUAUCCUUUCCGGACUAACGACGAUAUAGAAUGGUUAUUCACUAUCUGUGCAAAAUGGAGGUUACCAGAUGUCGCGAAAACCAUUUAUAGGAUACUCGGAAAUGACCUCUUAUACCAAAACAAUGUUGUGGAGGCCAUGACAAAUUUUAGUAAGGCUGGUGAGUUUGAAUGGGUAAAACACUAUUCUUGGAUGAUCUUUGAGGCAUCCGUAAUGCAAGGGGCACCUUUAGAGGACAUGGUAAUCAACGCCAUUGUCAGUGAUCAUCCUGAAUCUGAAAUCCCAAUAGAGUUGCUUCACAGUGUUGUUACUGAUGUUAUGAAACAGACCUUAUCACCGUAUGCAGUACUUUAUCAAUUUUAUCGCCACAGAGACUCUCAAAACUGGGAUGAAGCCUUGGACACUUUGCUACAUUUACUUGAGUUCACCUACUUACCGCCACAAUAUUGUUCACUGUUGAUUGCCCGAUUUUUGAAUCCACUUUUUCUCGAAGAUGAUUCGAAAAGAAUGCCUGAAGAAUCAGUUGUGCGUAUCAUGAGGGUUGUGCAAAAUCUAAUAGUCGACGAAAAAUGCAUAGCAUUAUAUGAAGUGCUUAAAACGAACGAACAACAAGCAACAUUACCGCAAAAGCUAUCUAGCGUAUUAAGUUCUACAAGACAGAGAUUAAGCUUUAAAAUAUGCCAGGGACUUAUGUAA